CACCAAGCAGGACUUGCACUGCACUCGACAGCUCGGCGGACUCGAGACGCGGAGCUGCAAGCUGUUUGUCGCGAGACUUUGGAGGAACUGGACAUUGUACGCAGGCAGGCAGACGCUGGUCAUCGACUCACAGAUAGACAUUGCAUUCCCCCGGCACCUGGCACGGCCAGGACUCAAACUGUACAGGCAGUUAUCUCUUCCACUAGCUAGUUAUUAGGCGUUGAUGAAGCGGACUCAUGCAUCGCGCUUCCGGUCGUCGGUGUUCGUGUUGGUGUUGCUACUGGUGACGAAUGCGGCGACCGUGAACGCGCAGACCGCGACGGCCGCGCCGGCAGAAGCAGCAGAUUCACGGGCGGACACAAGUACAGACGCACCGCCAGCGACGGUGAUUCCUGCAGGAGGAAGCGGGGACGACACGAGUUCGGCAUCUGCGGCAAAUAUGCCAACGCAGACGGCAGCAACGGCAACCGAACCGCCUCCGACCAGCCCGGAUACGACGGCACCUGUAGAAAUGGAAAGCCCAGCAACGACGGCCCCUCCAGUGACAGAAGCCCCGGUAUCGACGACAGCAGCGCCGCCUAUCACGGAGACGCCAUAUCCUGCAACGGAGGCGCCGACGACACCUCCAGUGCCCACCGAGACACCUACCGCUGCGCCGACUCCAGACCCGGUGGUAGAUGCUUCCUCAGCAACUGCGGCUCCAGCUCCUACUACGACGGCCCCAACCGAAGCACCAACGGCAGCUGUAGCACCAACUGAGGCACCAACACCUGCUCCAGUGCCUACUGAGGCGCCAACCCCGGCUCCAGUGCCUACCGAAGCCCCUACACCAGCCCCAGCACCUACUGAAGCCCCGACACCAGCCCCAGCGCCUACAGAAGCCCCCACGCCAGCCCCAGCGCCCACGGAGGCGCCAACACCAGCCCCAGCUCCGACGGAUGCGCCUACACCAGCCCCAGUGGCCACUGAGGCACCUACACCAGCUCAAGUGCCAACUGAGCCAACGACGGCCCCAGUGCCCACUGACGCGCCCACAGUAGCUCCAGCGGUAACGCCAGCUCCCCCGACUGCUCUCACCCCGACGAUUCCUCCGUCUACCACGGCACCCGCACCGACCACCUCAACGCCAACGGCAACCACCGAAGCUCCAGCGUCAACCACCCCGAUUCCGACACCAGCUACUCCUGAAGCGACUUCUGCUACCCCCCAACCCGCUGUGUCUUCAAAUUCUGGCGCUUCCGAUUCCGUGGACUCAUCGUCGAGUCAGUCUUCAGAUGCGACCCAGUCUUCAGGUGACGGCGGUGCCGAUCCGUCCCCCAGCGACAGCGUAGGUAACUCCGGCGGUCUUACACUAUCACCGAUCACGCCGGACGACAGCGACAGCGACACAAACACCGACACCGACACCAACACCGACACCGAUACGAGCAAGAACAAUAGCGAGUCCGACCCGAGUAACGCCUCGACAUCCUCUGGGCAAUCCGAGUCGUUCGGCGGCUGGAAGCUCGCGUUGGUCAUCGUCGGAGCCGUGUGUGCGGUGCUGGCCUCCGUCUUCUUCGUGCACAUGCGUCACGUCCGCGUAGCAGCAGCGAACAAGCGUGACCGAGGCAGCUCCCAGCAGCGCGCACUGGACUCGUUCUUCCGGCAGAACCGGGUGACCGUGGCGCGCGAGACGGGCGUGUCGUCCGGCAACUUCGUCACGGACCCGCUCACCCCGCGCGACGAAAUUGCCGUUACGAUGCCGUCCAACCCGAACGAGCGGCCUCGUACCACGACGACGGACAUCGUUGCCGGCACAGCCGCGACGGUGUUCAACAGGAGGACGCGACCGGACUCAAGCGCGAGUAUCGAGACGCCGACGGACAGCCGCAGCGACGAGUACGACUCGUUCAUAGGCCGAACCAACGCGCCGUCCGUCGUGUCUACAGGCUCCUCGAACCUGUAUCGCUCUGAUUCGUCCAACAUUUACCGGUCCGACUCGGUGUUCUCCGACACGAGUUCGGUAUCGCUCGGCAGCAUCGCGCCGUCGGUCUCGUCCAGCCAGCGGUCGAUACAAACGCCAAUGCUCCCGACUCGACUUGGCUCGGUGGCGUCUUCAACCGCUCGGAAUUCCAAACGUGCGUCGUCCAACACAUCGAUCGGAGACGUCAGGGACACGAACCGGUCGGACCGGUCCAGUAGCGACUUCUCCGUGUUCAACUCGUCCGUGGAAUCGGCCGACGGCGACAUCUACCGUAUCAGUACGCAGCUCAUCGACGUGUCAGCAUUGCCGGCAACUACCUCGGAAAAGUCCGAGCCUAACAGCAGCUACCCCAGCAAUGGUCGGAUGAGCGAGGCACUCAGCGAGUUCAGCGUGGACGAGAGCUACACGUCCGAACUCACAGGCACCGAGAGCUUCUCCACCGACUUCAGCGUCGACGACGGCUUCCGAACCGACGACAGCUUCGCUACCGUGGACAGUUAUGCCACGCGGACGACACAAGACACUGAAGACGAUCGGGACUCGGACUCGAUAGUGUUCCGGCGCUCGAAAGGUUCGGAACUGAGCGAGGGCGAAAUCUAGAAACUAGCUAUUCUAAAUGUCUUGUAGUGCGUCCGUAAUGCUGUUUGUAAUUUAAAACAAGAAGAACAACGGGUACAAAGGAGCA